AUGGCUGGAACAGCAGACGCUGCGAAGAAUGCACUCAAUUCGAUUUUCGACAAGACAAAGGACGUGCUCUCCACUGCUGCCGAAACGACGAAAGGAUAUGCGUCUCAGGCGCAACAGGCAAUAGGAAAAAUCAUCCCGGGCGCCAGUCAUGACCACGAUCCGGCAGCUGCAGGCGCUCCGGCACCACCCACCACCGAUCCGACAGCUCCACCGGCGCAGUGA